AUGGCAGAUGAUCGCGAGCGCAACCACCAUAUCGACCACGAAUUCGAUGCCGACAGCAACGACAGCUAUGACGAGAGGACACAGGGCUGGGUGCUCGAGCUAGAGUCCAUAUACUCGCUCGGCGACCCUCCCAGCGCCCCGCCCUCCGAGUUUGGCGGGUGGAACGAUGAGAUCGUUCCCGCCGGUUCCAUCAGCACCCGCGAUGUGCGCCUCCCCGGCACCGCCAACCGCCGUCCCCAAGCCUCACAGCCCCUGCCCGGCGCCGCCGAGUGCCUCGACUUCAAGAAGACGCGGCGCGGCCGCUUCAAGCCCAACAAGCAGACCAAACUACGCAACAGCCUGCUGGGCGCCGUCGGGUUCCUCGAGGCCGCCAACGCGUGUGAUUUCGCGGCCAACGUGUGGAACCAGACCCCCGUGCCACGCCAUGUCCUCGUGCUCAUGGGCCUGGGCGGUACUGCCGCCCUCGGCAUGAUAUACUUCUGUAUCAAGGACGGCCGCCUGAGUCUGGCCAACCUGCGCGCCCUGCGGGAGGAGCGCCGCUACCUCAAGACCCAGCGGCCGCGGUACCUCGACAACCCGAACAUGCUGCGUACCAUCGACUGCUUCCUCGACAUGAACACGAGAGAGAGCGGCACCGAGUUGGUUGACAGGAUUGGCAGUGACACUCUACUGGGAAUAUCGGCAUUUAUGGUCGGUAUCGGUACAUACAUGGCCAUGGAUGGGAACCACGACAGUGCAAACUACCGGGCAAGCAACCUGCUGACGGGGUACAUCGGAAACACGUUCCCCGCCAUCUUCGGAGUCACCAACCUGCUGUGGUCCACCUACGUCUUCAUACGGGCCAAAAAGCAGCAGGCCGCAGCCCUCAACUACGUCAAAGGUUCGACCAGGAUCAGCUCCAUGCUCCGUAACCGCACAUCCAGCAUCCAGUUCCACGCCGCCCUCAACGGCAUCACCGGUAUCGUCGCCGGUGUGGCCGCCCUGAUCACGGCCACGCAGUGGUGGGCCUACCUCCUACUCGUGCCGUGUAUCCUCACCUCGGGAACCGUCAACAUCUUCUGGCGCAAGCGGGUCGGUUACGAGCGGCCCUUUGUGCUGGGCCAGAUAUCUUCCAUCGACGAGGACACCGUAUUUGAAGCGCUGAGAUAUGCAAAUGACUAUCACCGUCGGGUAUUAAGGGUCAAGGCAUCAGGGGAGAGCGACGCGUUCACGUCACUCGUGACGGACCCGAACUCGCUGAUGUGUGCGCUCGACGUCAUCAGGAAGAACAACUUAUUUGAGGACUUUUGUUUGCGCGUCCUCCGGGACAGGGACUUGUCGGGCAGGCUGUUCGGACACGCCAGGUUCGCCAUGAAUUCGUCGGUGUACGGGCCGACGAUAGACUGGCACAGCCUCGCGGAGACGCAGGACGAGGUGCUGAUGAGGCUGCUCCUGCAGGUCGCAAAGGACCUCCUCAACGAGGACGCCGCGAACUGCUUCAAGUACCAGGAGCGGCACCUACUCGAAGUCCUUGGCUGCUAUAUGUGCAGAGGCGCGCAGUUUGGGAGGUCCAAGAAGGCGAAAGGCAGGAAACCGCCGUCGCAGCGCGUCCAGACGAAUGUGCAUACCUACGCGGGCAGGCACGCGAACGACUGGCUUUUCGGAGGAUUCUCGCUCACCAAAUCAUUAAAAAAGGUGUUCCGAGGCUGA